UCUCUUGCCGCGGCAGCUGCGCGAGUCACAUGCCGCUCCCGUCCAAACGCCCUCGCCUCCCGCCCGGCGGGGGCGCCCUCGACUCGAUCCUCACCGGCGUGACUUCGCUGCACUCGUCGCUCGGCGAUCCUGCCGCGCGCAGCCGUCGCGCAGCCGCUGCGGCGGCGGACCUCGAUGUCGCGGCGCUGCAGGGCUUCCUGCGGCCCGAGGCGCGUCCGCACCCGGGUUCGAUGGGGCCGCCGCCGCCGCCGGGCACCGUCGAGCCGUGCCGCAACCCGCAGUGCCCCGGCCGCGGCCUCAAACCCUCGUUUGAGGAGGACCGGCGCAAGGGCGACCGGAUCUGCCUGCACUGCGGGGCGACGUCGCGCUGUCGGCCCGAGGAGGAGGAGCACCGCUCCUUCGCGGACGACGACGGGAAGAGCGAGAAGCGGAAGCGCGCGGAGGUUCUCGCGCCCGGCCGCGCCGGCGCCCGCGUCGGCGACAAGAACCUGGCGCAGGCCGUGGCGCUCGCAAACUCGGGCGCAGAGUCGGAGCACUCCGACCUCGGCAAGGUGGAGCAGAAGCGGCUGAAGGGGUACAACGACAAGAUUGCCUCCCUCCUCUCGCACCAGUUCUCGCAGGCGCACACGGGCAUGUCUCAGGAGGUACAGGAGGCGGCGCACAGCCUGGCGGACAAGCUGGUGCGGUCGCAGGCCGAGCACGACACGCACUGCGAGAAGGUGCAGCUGAGUGAGCAGCUGAAGAAGGCGGGAGACGCGGACGGCGCGCAGAGGUGCAAGUGCCGGCUGUCGCAGAAGCCGAAGAACCACGCCGUCGUCGCGGCGGUGCUGCUCAUGCAUGCCGAGCGGGAGCACGGGACGACGCACCAGUUCCAGGAGGUGGCGACACUGCUGCAGGGGGACGCGCAGAGCCGCGACGUCUCCAUGGCGGACGUCGGCAAGAUCGAGAAGCUGGUCAAGGAGCUCCUCUCCCUCGGCGCGAUCAGGCGCGAGGUGGACGGAGGCUUCGGCAAGUACCCGUGCGCCGCCGAGCCGGGCUUCAAGCUCAGGGACGGCGAGACUGCGGUCGGCGUAUUCAGCACGUAGGCCGGAGACGCGAGGGGCAGCACCAUGACGCAGCACAAGUCGCUCCUCCCAAACCUGUGCGGCCGGCUCCAGCUGCACUACAUGAUCCAGCGGCGCGCCUCCCAGAUCCUCGACGGCUGGGGCUCGGAGGGCAUACGCACGCU